AUGGCUAUGCCUAACUCCCUCUUGUGGGCAGUUGAUAUCUUUGGGAGGGUUUACACUCUUUCUACAGCUGGCCAGUACUGGGAGCUCUGUAAAGACAGACAGCUGGAAUUCAAACGACUCUCUGCUGUGAAACAGUGCUGCUGGGGAAUAGCUUGUGAUCACCAGGUAUAUGCCUACGUAUUCUCAAGUGAUGUUCCAAUCAGAUACCAGGAAGAAACUUAUGAGAAUCAGCGUUGGAAUCCGGUUGGUGGCUUUUGUGAGAAAUUAAUGCCCAGUGAUCGCUGGCAAUGGAGUGAUGUGAGCGGGCUAAAACAUCAGCAGCUUGACAGUUUCACGCUGCCAUCACCGCACUGGGAGUGGGAGUCUGACUGGUACGUGGAUGAAAAUAUUGGAGGGGAACCAACAGAGAAAGGGGGUUGGACGUAUGCCAUUGACUUCCCAGCUACCUACGCAAAGGAUAAGAAAUGGAAUUCCUGUGUCCGACGUAGGAGGUGGAUCAGAUACAGGAGAUACAAAUCACGAGACACUUGGGCAAAGAUAACAUCCCAUGAUGAUCCUAAACAGUUGCCAGAUCCUUUCAACGAUCUCUCCAUUGGAGGAUGGGAAAUCACUGACGAGCCCAUGGGCCGGUUAUCGGUCUGGGCGGUGUCCUUACAAGGAAGGGUAUGGUAUAGAGAAGACGUUUGCCACCACAAUCCAGAAGGCUCCUCGUGGUCCUUAAUAGCCACCCCUGGAGAAGCAGUACAGAUCAGCUGUGGACCAUAUGACCUCCUGUGGGCAACACUUUGGGAGGGGCAAGCUAUUGUGAGAGAAGGGAUUGAUAGAAAUAACCCUCAAGGAAUUUCUUGGACAAUUGUGGAGCCCCCAAGCUCUGAAAAUGGGAUCCUGCACGUCUCUGUGGGUGUAAACGUGGUGUGGGCGGUUACUAAAGACAGAAAAGUGUGGUUCAGAAGAGGUGUGAACUCGUACAAUCCAUGUGGCACCAGCUGGAUUGAAAUGGUUGGCGAAAUGAUGAUGGUAAACGUAGGCUUAAAUGACCAGGUCUGGGGAAUCGGCUGCGAGGAUCGAGCAGUUUAUUUCCGGCAAGGCGUCACACCGAGCGAGCUCAGCGGGAAGACAUGGAAGGCGAUUGUAUCUGUCAGAGAGAGUGACAGGUCUCAGACCGGCAGCUCGACCAGUCUGCUCAGCGCUGGCUGUUUCUUCAGUGACGACGUUAGGGAGCAAACGAAUUUGAUCGUUCAGAGCGAUGCAGACAUUUCCUCUGAUACCGAGAGCCCACAGAUACAGCCAAACCUUGCCGACACGCCCCUGUCAGGUGCUGCAGCUAGCGUCAACGGUAACAAUGUGGGAAGCCAGUCAGCAGAAGCGAGUGCAAACUUGGCUGUGGAUCCUCUGGACUCUGCUCCUGAAGAAGCCAGCCCUGCUUCAGACAAUGGCGAGAAGGCUGGUCUCGAAAAACCCCAGUCUUCUGCUGACCAAGAUCCUCAUCCUGUAGAACUGCAGUGGACAAACAUUGACUUAAAGGAGGCCCAUAAAAAGCCUCUGCUCUCCGCCAGCACCUUCCCGGAGACAUCCAGCCUGUCUUCCCUUGGCAUGUUCUCAGUUGGAGUCGAAGAACAUUAUGGAGCUGAUGAGCAUCCGUUGUGGGCCUGGGUGUGUGGAGGAGGCUGCCAGGUGGAUUCACACAGCUCGCUGAAAUGGUUCACUCUUCAGUCAGGUCUGUUAUCCUCUGUGCAGUCUCUUUCCCUGUCCAUCAGUCCAGCGCAGACAGCAGUGUGGCGAAAGCAGAUUUUCCAGCAGCUCAGUGAAAGGACCAAGCGGGAACUGGAGAACUUUAGACACUAUGAACAAGCUAUUGAGCAGUCUGUCUGGGUGAAAACGGGGACCUUACAGUGGUGGAGAAGCUGGAAGCCUCAUAAAUGGACAGACGUGCGAGUGGCACUGGAGCAGUUCACUGGGAACGACGGCAUGCGAGACAGCAUUCUGUUCAUCUAUUACAUGUAUCAUGAGGAGAAGAAGUACAUCCACGUGUUCCUGAACGAAGUCACCAUUCUGGUUGAAGUUCUGAAUGAUGCCAAACACUCCUUCGCUCUCUACACGCCCGAGAGGACAAAGCAGCGGUGGCCAAUUCGUCUAGCAGCCGCCACGGAACAAGAAAUGCAUGACUGGCUGGCUUUGCUGAGCAUGUCCUGCUGCGAAAGCAGACGGAUUCAAGGCCCUCCCUCCCACCAGGCCAUCUGGUCUGUUACCUGCAAAGGAGACGUCUUUGUCAGCGAGCCAAGUCCUGAAUUAGAGGCCACACCACACCUGAUGCCAUGUGACCAAAUGUUUUGGCGUCAGAUUGGAGGGCAUCUCCGCCUGAUAGAGUGUAAUAGCCAUGGCAUAGUAUGGGGCAUAGGUUACGAUCACACGGCCUGGGUUUAUACUGGAGGAUACGGAGGCGGCUUCAUUCAAGGAUUGGCCAGCAGCGCCGAUAAUAUUUACAUGCAAUCAGAUGUGAAAUGUGUUUAUAUCUAUGAGAACCAGCGGUGGAAUCCAGUCACAGGAUACAGCAACAGAGGGCUGCCCACAGACAGGUACAUGUGGAGUGACGCAUCUGGCUUACAAGAAUGUACAAAAGUUAACACAAAGCCUCCAUCCCCGCAGUGGUCUUGGGUGUCUGACUGGUAUAUUGAUUUUAACAUUUCCGGUGGAACUGAUCGGGAAGGCUGGCAGUAUGCAGCGGACUUUCCAGCAUCCUACCAUGGCCACAAGACGAUGAAGGAUUUUGUACGGCGAAGACGCUGGGCCAGAAAAUGUAAAAUAAUCACCAACGGACCCUGGCUGGAAGUGCCUCCCAUCAUCCUCUGGGACAUAGCCAUAAUCCCUAGUUCGGCGGCAGACAAAGAAGAAUCGAUAGCACUCUGGGCAGUUAGCGACAAGGGAGACGUGCUGUGCAGACUCGGAGUAACGCAGAAAAAUCCAGCUGGAACAUCAUGGCUUCACGUGGGAACAGAUCAGCCCUUCAUGUCGGUCUCGAUUGGGGCAUUCCACCAAGUCUGGGCUGUUGCGAGAGAUGGCUCUACCUUCUACCGGGGUUCAGUGUCUCCAAAAAAACCUGCAGGAGAUUGUUGGUACCAUAUUCCUUCACCUCCAAAACAAAAGUUAAAACAAGUCUCAGUAGGACGGACAUCUAUGUUGGCGGUGGAUAAAAACGGUAAUCUCUGGUACCGUCAGGGAAUCACACCAAGCUACCCUCAAGGAUCCAGUUGGGACCAUGUUUCAAAUAAUAUCCGUAAAGUUUCUGUGGGACCCCUGGAUCAGGUUUGGGUGAUAGCUGACAAAGUGCAGGGAAGUCACAGCCUAAGUUGCGGGACAGUCUGUCAUCGAACAGGAGUCCAACCAUUGGAACCGAAAGGGCUCUCAUGGGACUACGGCAUUGGGGGUGGAUGGGAGCACAUUACAGUCAGAGGAAAUGCAACUGAAGGUCCUAAGGCUGCUUUACAUGAGACCUCUGAAGAGCAUUCAGCAAACCCAACGGAUCUAGAAGAGGGGGAGAAUGGAGGAGAAGGAAAUGGAAACCAUUCUAAAACCACCUUGAUGGUUAACGAAGGGCAAGAACUAGACCGAAACACUGUUAAUUGUUAG